GGCUGCCAGACAGUUUUCCGUUUUUGUGAAAUUGCCUGUAGCGGCCAGCUGGAUUUUAGAUUUAGUUGUGAAAUUUUUAAUAUUAUUUUAUUUGUGAUUGUUGAGCGACCAUGGACGAAUCCUCAAGGCAGCACAUGGAAGACUUUUGCUUCAUGCGGCCCCCCAGCGAUGUCCGCACCACCAACGUGCCCGUAGCUACUCCCCGGUCUGUGGCAGACAACAAAUCGCGCAAAACAGAGCUGCAUGUCGUGCGGCUGAACGAUGAGUCCAAGCAGAUGACCAUGGACACAUUGCGGACGAUACACGGCCCGGACUUUAAGCUGGAGGACAUCAGCAAGUACAAGGACCGCGGUAGAGGCGGACACGGUGUCAAGCAUGCCUACUGGCAGGACCGUGGCACACUGAUGGUGCAGAGUGUCCAGGGCGUCAGCUCCACCAGAAGCGGCGAUGGCAACGACGACGAUCGCAUUCGCCGCUAUGCCCUGCUCAAGCUGGAAUGCUACGGCUUCCAUGCCGCCCACUGCCUCGAGGCCUACGAGCACUGCAGCAGCGACACGGAGGCGGCCCUGCUGCUGCUCUACAAGCGCUAUAUGCGCGUACCCGAAAAGGAAAAGCUGAACCUGGAGCCACCCAGCGAGCCGGAGCUGCUGGACAUGCGCUCCGAUGAGAAGGAAGCCCUCGAGUCCAUCUACGAUCGCGCCUACGAAGAGCGUGAGGCUAAUCGCGUGUGGAAUCUCAAGUUUAGGAUUGACCACCUACUCGCCCACAGCCCCUCGGAGGUGCGAAAGGCACGCGAGGCAGCCGCCGCGGCAGCAGCAGCCACUGCCCAGGCAGCACUCGACAAGAAAAAGAAGGCGCCGCAGCGAUGUCGCAACUUCGAACGCGAUGGCACCUGUAAAUACGGUCCCAAAUGUCGCUUUGCCCAUGUGCCAGCCCAGCCCGUUCUUCCUUCAACACCAAAAAAAGAAAAUCUGGAUGAGAAUGACAAUGAGCUGUGGUUCCAUGUGGAGGUGCGCUUUCCACCCGGCAGCCAGUAUCCGUAUGAGGCGCCGUUUAUUUAUUUGAAGACCACCUGCCACGACAUACCGCACGAGCUGAGGCUGCGCUAUGCGCGCCAUUUGUACCGCGAGGCGAGGGAGAUUUGCCGCGACGGCAUACCCUGUGUGUACAGCAUCUGUGAUCUGCUGCAGUCCAGCGAGGAUCUGGCCGGCAGGCUGGACACCGCCCGGUUUCCCUCGCCCAAGCGUUCGCUCUUCUACAACGAACCGGAGACGGGCGACUCCAUCGACAAUGGUGUGGGCGAGCAGACAAUGAAGCCGUCGCACUAUGCCCGCGGGCAGACGUCCCGCGGUGAGGGUGGCUACCAGCGUAACACAGAGGCACAGGCGCGGGAGAAUCGCCGACUGCUGCAGCAGUUUGUGGAGCGGCGGAAGGAUGAGCGCUACCAGAAGGUGAUCGAGGGCAGGCGAAAGCUGCCGGCCUUUGCCGAAAUCGAGAGAAUUCUGGCGCUCAUCGAGAGCUCGCCCGUGGUGGUGAUAUCCGGCGAGACGGGCUGCGGCAAGAGCACACAGGUGCCGCAAUUCAUACUCGACAAUUGGUUCUUUCGCGCCCUUCAGCUGCAGCCGAAGGAGACCCUGCCCCAUGUCGAGAUCAUCUGCACACAGCCGCGCCGCCUCUCGGCCAUCGGUGUGGCGGAGCGUGUGGCCGCCGAGCGGCUGGAUCGCAUAGGCCAACUGGUGGGCUAUCAGAUUCGGCUGGAGAACAAAGUCUCGCAGAGCACUCGCCUCAGUUUUUGCACGACUGGAAUUCUGUUGCGUCGCCUCGCCUCCGAUCCGCUGCUGAGCGGCGUCUCGCAUGUAAUUGUCGACGAGGUGCACGAACGCUCCGAGGAGUCCGACUUCCUGCUGCUCAUCCUCAAGAAUAUACUGCGCGAGCGCAAGGAUCUCAAGGUCAUUCUCAUGUCUGCCACCCUCAAUGCAAGCCUCUUCUCCAACUACUUUGGUGGAGCGCCCGUUCUGGAUAUACCCGGUCGCACGUUUCCCGUGCAGCAGCUCUUCCUCGAGGACAUACUCGAGGUGAGCGACUUUGUGAUGGAAUGCGACACAAAGUUCUGUCGCAAGCUGAAAAAGUCGGAGCAGGAUGUGCUCCAGCGAGAGCUGGAGUAUGCCGAUGUCCAGGCAGCGGGACCGCCACCCGGCAAGAAAAUCAAAGACGAGAAACUAACACUGGCCGAGACCUACAGUCGCUAUGCGGAGUACAGCAAGCCGACAUGCAAAAGCAUCUACCUAAUGGAGCCGAUGACCAUUAAUCCGGAAUUAAUUGAAUCCGUGCUAAAGUACAUUGUGGAGGGCGAACAUGAGUGGCCGCGCACGGGAACCAUUCUCAUCUUUCUACCCGGCAUGCACGAGAUACAGACGGUGCACGAUGCCCUGCUCGAUCACUCACUCUUCUCGCCGCGAGCGGGUAAAUUCGUGCUGGUGCCGCUGCACUCGGCGUUGUCCGGCGAGGACCAGGCGCUGGUGUUUAAGCGCGCGCCGGCGGGCAAGCGAAAGAUUGUGCUGAGCACGAACAUAGCCGAGACCUCGGUGACCAUCGAUGACUGUGUCUUUGUGGUGGACUGUGGCCUGAUGAAGGAGAAAUGCUUCGACUCGAACCGCAACAUGGAGUCCCUCGAUCUGGUGUGGGUGUCGCGUGCCAAUGCCAAGCAGCGCAAGGGUCGCGCCGGUCGCGUCAUGCCCGGCGUCUGCAUUCAUCUGUACACGAGUUAUCGCUUCCAUGAGCACAUCCUCGGCCAGCCGGUGCCGGAGAUACAGCGAGUGCCGCUCGAGCAGAUUGUGCUGCGCAUCAAGACACUCGAGACUUUCGCGUCGCGUAACACGCUCUCCGUUCUGCUCGAGACGCUCGAGGCACCCAGCGAGGACAGUGUGUUGGGAGCACUGACACGUCUCCGUGAUGUCGGCGCUUUGGAUGCUGACGAUCAGCUAACGCCGCUGGGCCAUCAUCUUGCCGCCCUGCCUGUGGACGUGCGCAUCGGCAAGCUGAUGCUGUAUGGCGCCAUCUUCCAGUGCCUGGACAGUGUGCUGACAAUUGCCGCCUGCCUGAGCAACAAAUCUCCCUUUGUCAGUCCGAUGAGCAAGCGUGUAGAGGCGGACAAAUGCAAGCGAAUGUUUGCGCUGGGCAACAGCGAUCAUCUCACUGUGCUCAAUGCCUAUCGGAAAUGGCUGGAUGUGGCAAGGCGUGGCAACUAUGCGGCCAGCAGAAACUAUGCCAGCGAGCACUUUCUCUCACUCAACACACUGGAGACGAUAGCCGAUCUGAAGUACCAGUAUCUGGAGCUGCUCGUCUCGAUUGGCUUUGUGCCCAUCGAUGUGCCGCGCAGGCGCAAAAAUGCCAGCGACAACAUUCUACAGCUCACAGGUGCGGAACAGAACCACAAUGGGGAUAAUAAUCGGCUGCUCACGUCGCUCCUGUGCGCCGCUCUCUAUCCGAAUAUUGUGAAGAUUAUGACGCCGGAGCGUGUCUAUGUGCAGACAGCGGGCGGGGCAGUGCCUCGCGAGCAGGGGCAUAAUGAUUUGCGUUUCAAGACGCGCGGUGAUGGCUAUGUGAAGAUCCAUCCAUCGUCGGUGAACUCGCAAGUGGCCACGUUCCAGUCACCCUUCCUGGUCUACCAGGAGAAGGUGCGCACCAGCGCCAUUUACAUACGCGACUGCUCGAUGCUGCCCCUCAUUGCGCUUGUCCUGUUCGCGGGCAGCGACUUCAAGGUGGAGCUACACGAUGGCGACUUUCUGUUCCUGCUCGAGACCGGCUGGAUUAUACUGAAGGCGCACGAUCACGAGACGGCCGAAAUGGUGCAGUGCCUGCGCUCCGAAUUGAUCAAGCUGCUCGAGGAGAAGAUCCGGGAUCCGUGCCUUAAUCUACUGCACCACAAGAACGGCUGCCGCAUGAUCGCCAAUAUUGUUCAUUUGCUAAGCAAAAAUAGCUGAGACUUUGUGUCGUCUUCCAAUGCCUUAAAGUCCCAUCCACACCAUGCCAAUACUAUCGAAAUUGUUUGUAAAUUGUAUGUUAUAGAUGCUAUAUACCUAACCCGCGUACGCAUCCGCGUCCGGGACCGAUAUUUAUACUGAUCCUGAUGAUCUGUGUGUUCAAACAAGCAACAACAAAAAAGCAAUAUUGAAACACCGAAUCCAAUGGCUUUUAC